AUGGCGGGCUACGUGGCACAAGAAGAUGAUAGAGGUCAAUACGGACUGCGUGGGCAGAUGUGUGGCUGGCUGCAAGCAAACAAGCAAGCAAUCGCCCAUGGCAUGGCGUUUUCAUGGGAGCGCCGACAGUGCGAAGCGAAGCAGCGUUGUUGA